AUGGCUAUUACAAAGCUAAUUAUAGCCCAACAGAUUAAUUUGGAAUACGUGGAGCAGAUAACCACAGAAGUGAACAGCGGUGCUAUCGCUCAGCUUACCAACUUCGAGGCUGAAUCUAAAUUGGUCAUAGUUACUGAUGCCUGGGAGAAAAUAUCUCGCGAUCAUAAGAUCAUGACUUCGAAGGCCGAACUGCCUCUAGAAAUUCCUUACUUUAAGGACAAAUGGUUCUUAAAAGCCAAGGUGCAGUUCGUCAAAGCGGAAUCCGCUCUCAAGGCACGCAUAAACGAGCUGGAGCCUCGUUCUCAUCCCUCAGCAGCCUUCAAAGCCUCUUUUCAAGAGUCGGUACAGCAGCGUGCACCCUUACCGACAAUCAAGCCACCAGAAUUCUCUGCCAAUAUCAUCGAUUGGCCGUCGUUCAAAUCGCUAUUUUUGUCGGUCGUCGAGAAACAGGGUGUCACCGAGGUUGACAAAAUGCACUACCUCACAACCAGUAUUCAAGGAAAUGCUGCAUCUCUCAUCGCCAACAUUCCCAUUACUAAUGAGGCGUUCAACUCGGCCUGGACAGCUUUGCAGAAUAGAUAUGAGAACAAGCGGCUUCUCAUUUCUGCACAGUUGAAUCGACUAUUUACGCUUCGAAGGAUGGCGUCCAGGACCUCGAAGGAACUAAACACUGUCAUCAACACAGUGACCGAGGUGCUCAAUUCACUUAGGGCGCUAGGAUCGCCAGUUCAACAUUGGGAUCAGCUGCUGGUACAUCUCAUAACUCAUCGACUGGAUCUGCAAACCCGUGAGGACUGGGAGCUCACACUGGGAUCAUCAACAAAGUAUCCAGCAUUAGAGCGACUCACUAAUUUUCUAAUGUGCCGCGCACGCGCACUAGAAACCAUGGAAGGUAGACUGAUUCAGAAAGGCAAAGAUAAGACUCAGCCUGGAAGAAUCAAUACUGGGAAACAACAAUCUCCCAAAGCAUCUCAUGUGCAUGUGGCGCGAUCAUCUCAUUCGAACUCUGCUCAGUUUGUGAAGUUUAAGCCAACAUCUAACUCAUCUAUUUCAUCAGCGAAUUAUCAGUCGAGCUGCAAUCUUUCUCAGCCAGAUGUUGACAACCAAUCGCCGAAACCCGAGGUCAAAUCAACGCUAUCGUUUAAGUCGAACUACUGUUCUUGUUGCGGAGGAAAUCAUUUUGUAGUAGGAUGUCCGAAUUUCCAGACAUUAGACGCAAAUCAACGGUUUCAUCUGGCAACAUCUCGUGCCCUCUGCAUUAACUGUCUGGGUACGCAUCAAGUGAAAGAUUGCCGCAGUACAAGACGCUUGCGAAAGUCUCAUCAACACCUCAAAUCGGAAAUCAUAUCUCGUCCAACGGUUUUGCUGGCAACUGCUCAAGCUCUCAUCUUAACAUCGUCACGGAAUUCUCACCCAGUAAGACUUCUCAUCGAUCCAGGAUCGGAGAUCACCCUCAUUUCUCAGGAACUCUUCCGCACUCUCAACCUCGCUGUCUCGAAUGUCUACAUUCCAAUUGUUGGAGUAGGUAGUGUCUCAUCUGGAGAAACAGAAGGAGCUGUCAACUUUACAUUGUUAUCAAGAUUCUCAACUCAACAGGCAGAGUUCAACGCACACAUUCUCCCGAAUCUCACCGUUAACUUGCCGUCAGUCGAAAUAUUCGCAAAGAAUUGGCCUCAUCUUCAUAAUCUGGAACUAGCUGACCCUGAUUUUCUCUCACCUGGAAAGAUUGCUAUUAUCAUCGGUGCAGACUCCUACGGCAAAAUCUUAAGAUCUGGAGUUAAAUCCAGUUCACCAAAUGAGCCUACGGCUUUUAACACCAUGUUUGGAUGGACAAUUCUUGGUCCAGUCGAUGGCUCAUCAUCCAGUGCACCUUCCCAUACUGGUUUCAUAAUCUCAAAUGAGCAGCUACAUGACAACAUCUCCAAAUUCUGGGAAAUUGAGGAUGUCUCGUCUCAUCGGGAGGAUUCGCUCAGCGUCGAAGAAGCAGAAUGUGAAGCACAUUUGCAGAGCACACAUACUCGCGACACUGCAGGUCGGUAUGUGGUGCGUCUUCAAAUCGAAUGCUCCACAACUCGGACAAACGAAGCAUAUCGCAGAAAAAUCGCUCAAUAG